AUGGGCACCUUCACCGCCACCUACUUCCUCAAGACGGCCUUCUGGGACAAGAGAGGCCUGUGGACCGCCACACUGGCCGUCGCCUACUUUGCCCGCUGCUGGGAGAACGCCGGAUACCACAAGGCUGAAAUGAUGAAGGGGCACUCCCGUAUGUUCGCCGAUCGUGCCAAGCAGCUCCCAGCCUCCGCCGACCUGUGGAAGUACUGA